AUGAGGGCGGUCAACACACGUAGAGCCGAGCGAGCCGCGAGACGCAGGCGGCGUCAGCUACGGAAAGAAAGGCAGAGGGACGCCAAGAAGCUCGGCGCCGCCUCUCGAGCAGCUCGGAGAAAAGCUAGGGCUGCAAAGGAGAAAGCUGGCGGCGUCACUCACUAUUCGCUCUACACUCCAGUACCACUGACGGAGGGUGCUCUGGCAGAUAUGGAAGGCGAGGGGAUUGCAGCGAGCAAGAUAUUCAACACUUUGAGACGGGAUGGCAUCACACAGCGACUGCAUGCACUCAGGAGGUGGAGGCGUCAAGCAGAUGGUCGUGAAGGCGAUCUGGGCAGGCCCGAGUUGACACGACACCAUCGUCAUUCUCAUCGCACUGAUCAACGUAGCGCGAUGAGGCCAGAAGGAGCAUCGCGCCCACGCCAUCGACGCCGCGCUGCAUUUGCUCCAACAGAAACACAAGAAGAAUCCGAUGCGGCGCAGUAUGUCGACACUGCCGAACAUACUGAGGAAGGCGACUUGGCGCUGCAGUUGACACUUCCUGAACAAGGUGGCUCUAGUUCCAGUGCCCAGAGCGCAGCACAGCCAGCCGCCAUGUCAGUGUCUCAGAGCGGCGACAACGCUCAGAAAAGUUCGUCGGGCAGCAUGCACUCUGAUCGAAGCCGCGGGCCAAAAAGUCCUCACGUCCGUCUGCAGUCGAACCAGUCCAACCCACAUCGAGCUAGACGACGUCAUGCUACCGACGAGAGACACACAGGUUGGCAUAUGAGUGACGUGCCGUUGACACCUCACACUGCUCUGACAAGCGAGUUUGCGAGAGGAUUUGAGGCGGAUGAUCCAGGGGAAUGGGAGCCGCUUCCCGAGGCCGCUCUACCUUUGCCAGAGUCUCCGCCUGCUGCCAUCGAUGUGCAGGAACGGGUUAGUGGGGAAGAAAGCAGUACUACGCAAAUAGGAGAAGGGUCGGCUGGGAAGCAGCCAAGUCCCAAAGGGGCCAGCCCUUCCUCGCACACACUGAAGCGUCACGCCGCAUGGUGGCUGGACAUCGACUGUCCUACCUACCUUGAUAUGACAGAAUUGAGCAAGGUGAGCGCAUGAUCGUUCACAAUUGUGCGGCCGCGUGUAUCACUGACCGUCUGGACGCUGCGUCUCUGUCAGAUGUUCCCGCUUCACCCCCUUACUGUGGAGGACAUACUGCAAGAAGAACAGCGAGAGAAGAUCGAGACGUUCGAGACGUUAGGCUACUACUUUGUCGUCUUGCGCACCGUCGAUGAGCGAUACUUUCGCUACACAACCGGCAGCGAGGCUUCACUGAGCAAUCGCACGCUUGACGGUGACAAAGCGCAGAGCAGCUCGAACGAGUCGACCCCACUCAAUGCCUUCGCAACUAACGUGGUCAAAGGCGGAAAGCGAACCGACGCAUCGCCCAGCGAAUCCAUCGAGAUGCAGGAGCUCAAAGGUGACCCUGCAAAAGACGCGAGUCCAGCAGUCGAUCAGGCGAAUCAAGAAGAGCUGCCAGAGGGCUUGGUGGGCCAAUCCUCGAGGCCACUGGACGAGUCAGCUGGCUGUUCGCCCGAGGCUUCGCGUCCUCGCGUUGACAUCAUUGAGGGUCUCGACGGCAGACAGGGCCUCGAAGGUGUGAGCGUCGGAGGCACUGCUCUAUAUCUGGUGGUCUUCACGCAUGGAGUCAUCUCGGUGAGUGUGCCGCAAGUCCUUCAGCGUUUUGCUGUUCGCUGCUCACCGCCGUCACACCGCACGCUAUCAGUUUCAUUUUGGUAACGUUCGCAAGCAUGUGGGACGCGUGCAGCGACGACUUCUAGAUGUGGAUCAACCAGCAGAGCUCACCUCUGACUGGAUAGCGCACGGGCUUUACGACUCAUCUGUCGAUACCUUUUUCCCCUUGCUUGCGUUUGUUGAGCAAGAGGUGGAGGAAGUAGAGAUGGUGACGAGCGAGCCUUUCCCGAUCAAUCGUCGAGAGCGGAGGAUAGCCCGUCGCAUUGAGGCCAAACGUCGCGCCUCGCUAGUCGCACAAGGCGUUACAGAUGUCGCGCCCCCUACUUCAAAUCACACCCUCGACCAAUUUGAUUCUUCGGCGCUACCAAGAGCCUAUGAAUCGCAUGUUCGUCGACAGCGAUACGUCCUCCGUGCAUUUCCCCGGCUCGUAUUGCCGGACCGAGUGGCAAGGAAUUUGCCAGCCGCCCUGACGGAAAAGAGAAUGCGCGUAUCUCGACUCCGCUCAGCAGCUUUGCCGUACGGCACUAUCGAUGAGAGCAACCUGGCAUCGCGAGAGGAAGCAACGCCGCGCAGUGUCGUUCAACGAAUCUUUCGCCUCAACAAACCCAAGGGCGACCGCAUCACCAAGUUCUUAUCAGAGACGGCGCAGCAGCAAAGCGAGAUGCUGAGGCGCAUAACCUUGGACCGAAAGAUCGUGACUGGUCUGUCUCGCAUUCUGACGCCCAAGAAUGACGUGGUGCGCGGUCUACGCAAACGCCUCGUAGAACUGCGCGGCACCAGUACGACUGCGGCGGCGGAGAUGUCGAUCUACAUGGGCGACGUGCACGACCAUAUCAUCACUCAGCUGGCCCACCUCGCUUCGGCAGAAGCCAGGCUUGCAGAAAUUCACACAGCCUAUCUCAACGCCAUCCGAAUUAACAAUACCCAAGUCAGCCACAGCACGGACGAGAUCCUGGUCAUCCUCGUCUCCAUCACAGUCACGAUCAUCAGCAUGCAAGUCAUCCUAGCACUCUUUGGCACCAACGUUACAGUGCCGACGAACACACAUCCAGACAAGCUACAGCCUGGAGAACAACUCAAGUACGAAGUCCUGGGCGGUGUUCUCGGUGGCAUCCUGCUAGUACCGCCUACCAUCAUACUCUAUGUGCGCUACCUGAAACGGACUGCCCGUCGACGCACUGCCGAGCGGCGCAAGAUGCGAUGA